AUGUCAGUGACGUCAGCGACAUCGGGAGCCUUGGUGUUCUCCGGCGCCACCCUUUUGGUGUCACUAUUCGCCGCCGCCAGCAUUUACGCGCAAGUUUCCUCAAUCUGGAAUGAGCUUGAUGCCGAAAUUGCCAAUUUCCGGUCAUUGACCGAAGACAUGUGGGUUGACAUGGUGAAAUUGGGAGCUGGAAGCGCGUCGAACCGUGUUCGCCGUCAGCAAUAUGGCGGCUAUGGCGCCAGUGGUGUUCAGCCACCAGCGCCAUCUGGUGGCGGAUAUGGAGGCUAUGGUGCCAGCGGACCAGCGCCACCAGAUCACGGACCAGAGCCAAACGGCGGAAAUCAGCCAAGAUUCCCAGGUGGUGGACCUGGACCAUUCCCAGAUGGUCCGUUCCCUGGACCAACACCGAAUGGUGGCAACAAGUGCCAGUGCACAGUUGAGAACACUUGCCCACCAGGACCCGCCGGACCUGAAGGAGAAGCUGGACCAGACGGACAAGAUGGAUUGGAUGGAGUGCCAGGAUUCGAUGGAAAGGACGCUGAAGACGUUCAGAACACCCCUCCAACUGGAUGCUUCACCUGCCCACAGGGAGCCCCAGGUCCACAAGGACCACCAGGACCAAUUGGACUUCGCGGCAUGCGCGGAGCACGCGGACAGUCUGGACGUCCAGGACGCGACGGAAACCCAGGAAUGCCAGGAGACUGCGGACCACCAGGACCACCAGGACCUGACGGAACCCCAGGAACACCGGGAAGCAAAGGAGACGACGGCGAGAAGGCGAUUGAUCGACAAGGGCCACGCGGACCACCAGGAGAGCCAGGACCAGAGGGACCAGCUGGACCAAAUGGACGCGACGCCUAUCCAGGAACUACCGGACCACCAGGAGAGCCAGGAGUCCAAGGAUACGGAGGAGCUGCCGGAUCUGAUGGACCGGAAGGACCAGAAGGACCACCAGGAGCUCCAGGCAAAGACGCCGAAUACUGCAAGUGCCCAACGAGAGAAGGUGAUGCUGGAAGACCUCACAGAAGACAUAGAAAAUUCCAUUUGUAA